CUUUUUUAUUUAUUCCUACGUGAGCAGACCCAGUACAGUUCUUGCAUAUAAACAGUGAAAAUUUCAAUAUAAAGGAUUUAUUAUACCUUAUUUUGGAGUAACAUUAGUGCUAGCCAGAACCUUGCCUACUAUGUAAGGCUAAGAAGAUACAUUUUCUGCGGGUAAUCCCAAAGCUUUCAGAAAACACUUGUCUGCUAUUCUGCAAAUGCUGACUAUCUGGUCUGGACCACUCUCCUGGGGCCAAAGUGUUUACAGAUCUCAUCUGAAUGAUACAGUCCCUCAGACAUGCUCAGUCUUGUACUUGCAUGAAUUAGAGCAAGGACUAUACAUCAAUUACUGAAUCCUGUUUGAUGCUAUAUAUUUGCUUGGUCACAAGCCACUGGCUUUGUUUGGCUAUUUGAGAAGAUUAGUUUCAGCUGCUAAAGUAAAAAGAUGGGACAAGAAGAAAAAACAGCAGCACUGCAGGAAGAAUUUCUGUUUGAUAUUAAUGGGUAUAUUCCUACAGCAAAGCUAUGCAUCAAGAUAGCAAUUGCCCAAAACAGUUAUUAUGCAUGUUAUUUACAUUCUAUGAAAAUAAGAAAUAUUUAAGUGGUCCACAGUUCAAAACUUGAAUCUCUUGCGGAGGUUAACUGUUACCUAAGUAGGCAUUAGAAAAGGUGGUUGACUAAUUUAUCUUUACAGUAGUUAACAGUUAACAUACCUUGACUACUGUAAUUUAUACUUUUAUUGUAAGAGAAACCAAGAUUAGUUUCAGAAUAUAAACGUUAAGAAUUCCAAAUUCUUUCUCCAUUAAUGCUCUCCUUUGAUUGGAUAUUUAAAUUAUUUGGGACUAGAAGAGGGACUUUAGGGUUAGAAGAGGCUAGAAGAGGGCCUUAUCCUCCCUGAUUGAACUAACCUCAUUAUCCCUAGCCUGAUUCUUGCUUGCAUAUUUAUACCUGCCUCUGAAAAUUUCCAAUACAUGCAUCUGGCGAAGUGGGUAUUCACUCAUGAAAGCUUAUGCUUCAAUAUGUCUGUUAGUCUAUAAAGUGCUACAGGAUUCUUUGCCGCUUUUAAAUUAUUUAGUUUAUCUUGGUGAUUGGUCUAACUAAUAAUUUUCUCUGUAACAAAAUAAUAUUGGUAAAUAUGGGGAGAAAUUGAAAGAAUCUCUCAAAACAGAAUAGAUUACCUAGAAAUAUAAAUAAAAACCAACAGAAUGAAAAGAAUUAGUUUCUUAAUCAAUAGUUAAAAUCUUCAUUUGCAUCUGGGGCAUAACCACCAGGUGCUGUUCGAAUGGCCUAAUGAAAUGGGUCGCAGAGAAACUUAUUACUUGCAGGCCUCAAACUGCGAUUCAAUGGCCCAGCAAAACAAGAAAAUGCGCCCUGUAUUACUCAAACGGAAUAGCCUGGAUUCAGUUGAUUUUAUGAGGCAGCCACACCAUCGCAGGAGCAAAUCCCAGCAAGUCCGAUUCAAAGAUGAUAGUACAAACAAGAAGCCAAUUGGUGUCACUGAAAUGGACGCUAAACCUGCCAAAGACACAACACUCAUGAUUGGAAAGGCACAAAUAUCUAGGCACCAUAACCUGCCAAACUAUUCUCUCUCUUUCCCAAAGGCUCAGAAGGGGCAUCGGAAUAUUGCUAUUCAAACUUCUCCCAGCCUCAGGAAGCAUUUUCCAGUUUUUAAAAAGAAAAAACUGACAACAAGUAAGUCUUUAAUGGAAAUGCCAACUGAGCUGGAAUGCUCUGACCAAGUCAACGGCAAUCUUUCUGAGCAAGACAUGUCUUUGAACCUCUCUUACUUAAGAAUAACUAAACAUUUGGAAGAUGGAUCUAGAAGAGCCAAGACAUCCAAUCAGUUAUUUCAAAGAGAGUGUAAAGCACGAAGCAAUGGGCCUAUCCACUCAGCGUCAGAUACUUCCACAAUACUGGAAAAGGCAACUGUUUAUACACAGGUGCCUGAAUACAUACAUCUGACUUCUCCACAGGACAAUAGCACUUCCAUUUAUGCUGCAGACAUGUCCAUGGAUUUAAACGAUUCAGUACGUUCUCCUACUACUAUGAGCCAAUCCAAUGAAAACUGUACACUGUCAUCCAAAUCAGGAAAAUCUCCGUCCUACCUAAACAAUACCAGGAACUGCAAUGAAAUUAAUCCACAUUAUGACUCUUGUGAAGAAAAAAGUGUUUUGGAGUUACCUGUAUCCACUAAAGACACUAGCACUAAUGAAAUCACUCCGUUAUCACCUCUGUCGAAUCAGAGUUCAUCACACUGCUUUCUCAGAGAUCAUCAACAGCCAACAGAGCCUGAAACAGACUCUGAUUGCAUGGUGCUGACUAAUGAUAAUCAUGGAAUAACAUCAUUGACCAGCAAUGAUGAGUCAAAAUCUAUUCCCUUGUGUCACACUGAAACGGAUAAAACUUCUACAUGGUCAUAUGUUCCAGAGUAUUGCAAUUAUUUAGAAGCCUUUCACAUAAAAUCCGAUCUUCAAGGAAAUGAAAUUAAACCAGAAAUCAACAAAGAGAUUAGUGACAUUAAUCAAAUUCACUUGGCACAUAGUGAACUAUGUGCCCUACAAGGCAAGCUGCAGUCCAUAGAGGAAUCUUUGCACUCAAACCAGGAGAAGAUUAAAGUCCUUUUGAACGUAAUUCAAGACCUGGAAAAAGCCAGAGCCCUCAGUGAAGGGCGCAACUUCUACCACACUGGCCAAGACCUCAACAACUGCAGCACUUGCCAGAACACUGCAUGCAUCAUUUACAGUGUGGAAUAUGACUUCAGACAACAAGAAGGCAGAUUUCAUCAGGUUUUGAAAACACUGGAUCAAAUGGAGCAAACUCCUGCCACGGCUCCAGCCCCCAAAUUACCACCUGACCAUCCAAUUCCUGAGAAACAGGAAUUAAGACGAAAAACAAAAAAGGUGAAAAAGAAAUGCUUCUGGUGGAUGUGAAUGUCUUUUAGCUGACUACAGAAUUGAAGGACAACAUUUCAGAAGACACAAACAUAUAUCCAGAGGUUUUAAUAUGUGCAACUAUGAAAUCACAAACAGGAAAUUAAAAAAAUGUCUAAGAAUUUAUUUGAAAACUCAGAAGCCUGGAAUGGAAUUUGCUCAUUUAACAAGCUCAGUGAAUAAAGACACGAGUAUUUGGAAAUGGGAUGCAAUCUAUCUUUUUGUUUCAAAAAGACGUCUCAUACGCUUUGUAAAGGCAAAAUUUUUACUUUCAAAUAAUACCGAGGUUGUGAUUUAAAUUGAUAAAAACAAGGGUACUCAAAGUAAAGGAAGCUGCUCCCAUAUGCAUUCCCACAUCAUGCUUAGUUUCAAACAAAAUGGCUAAAAGUCAUUCCCUGAUCUUGUCCCCAAUGGUGGCAACCAAAAACUGUGGGGUGGGACACAGAUUUUCAGAAAACUUCCUCUCCAAGAGAGACAAUCCAUUAAAGUUAGAGUUAAAAAACUAUAGGACCCAAGACUGGACACGAUUCCUUUUUUUUUGUUGGUGUUAUUCAGAAACGAUUAUUUUGCUGUAGUUGGAGAGUCAUAUUUAUUAACAACCUUUCCUAAAAAGCAAUAGCUUUAAAAAACAUCUCUAUCUCUGUUUGUAUCAUUGUGCAUCUAAGAUCCUUCACACUACAUCAAAAUGCCCCAACACAUGCCUCUUUGAUCCAACAGAACUUACUCACAGCAUCUCAGAGGGUGUCAAACCAGUAGUACACUUUGAUGUUCUGAUGUCAACACAGAUUAGUGCAUUAAAUGUUAAGAGAAGUUAAUGUAGAGCAGACUUCAACUUAGCUAUUUUUGAAAAUUUAGAAAAAUAGCGGUGACAACUGGUCAAAAUGAGAUAUAAAAAUUAAACCUCUUUCCCCCCCAAGAAAAAUAGUAUUCCGCACUGUUUUCCAUGCAAAAAUGUUUAGAAAAAGGGGGAAGUUUCAGCACAGUAAAUUUAAUAGCCAAGCAUUAAAGCCUUGACAGUACUAUAGGUGGCAGAGCAUAAGGCAGUCCCGCUCUGAAAGAGACUUUAAUAUACUAACAUGGUACAUUCUUACUCAUCAGAUUUAUUCCCGGGGGAUGUAGUCUUAUUACUUGAGUAAAAGAAACAUGAGCAUUUUUGUCACUACUUUUACACUAGUGUGUAAUGCUAAGAAAGAGGACAAGUUAGCUUUUGUUCAUUGUUGCACAUCAGCAAAACCAUUUAAUAAGUUCCAGGUAUUACGGACAAUCAAUUAUAACUGUACAAACCUACUGAAGAUAAUAAAAUUGCACAGGAGUCAUUAAGGGCAGAACCAUAGCACAACAGGGCUUGCUUAGGUGUAACUGGUCUUUGUUUAGAUGUGAUGAGGCAUGGAAAGUAAAGAAAUUAGCAUGACUCAUCUGAGUGAGACUUUUCAGGACUGGGAAUUAGAAAGAAUUAUACACAUUAGAUAUGAAAGUCACUGAGGGCCAGUGAACCCACAAUGCCAUUCACUGUAACCUUUUUCAGAGGAAAACCUCCCUUUAAAUUCUUGUAGCAAAAUUGUGACCUACUUAUACCCAUAAGCCCCCUUCAAUAAGUAGGGUCAGAAUUUAGCCCUUGUUAGAGCACACAACUAUGGCACCCAUAUAAAUACACAUUUUAUACACUGGCACACCUACAGUAUUCUUCCAUACUGACUGUGUAUCAGUGUGUCUCUAUAACAGAGAUACAGAAGGGUCUAUUUAUAUACAAUAGCAUUCCUUCUAUCCAACUAGUUUGAACACUGAGUGUUUCAUGGUAAAGGGACAUCCAUGAACUGUAUCAAAAGCUAUAACAAUUCUCCAGGCUAAAAAUUGCUCUCCCACUCUACCGUUUUCAUGGCUCUUAGCACCUUUGGUGGAAGGUCAUUAGCUUUUAGCUAUCACCAGUCCUAUAUUCCAUUCCCAAAGUUUUUCUUUUCUUUACCAGCAUAAAAUGAGGAAGCAGCCCAUCUAUAGGAAAUUAACUAUUCACUUGUCAUCCCUUCAGGAUGUGUUUCAAUCUUCGUUAAUUUUUUCUUUAAAAUGUGCAUUUUUAAAAAAUAAACACACAGUACCAUGGUGAAUGAUUUGUUUCUUAUCUUGGCCAGGGGGCCAAGUUCAGCUCACACCUUCUCCUCAGGCUUGGUUGCUCCUAGGGUUCCCUACCUAAUGAUCUCUCAUCCCAUAGGUACUCUCUUUCUAAACAAUCCCAUCUCCAUUAUAUGAGGAUGGUAUAAAGCACCAAUUGCCUCAGUGAGUGAAUAGCAGCCACUUAACCAUUUCCUAGAAGUAUCAAAACCUGUUUACAGGGUGUGCUAGCACUGCCAGCCUGUGGUGGGUUCUCUUUGUCAUCAUUCUAGACUUGAAUAGUGUUUUCUGCACUCAAUCUGGGGGUACAGGAGAAGUUAAGGUUAAGAAUAUGAAGUUAACCCAUUUAAUUCCACACCUGUCUCAAGCACAGCUUGACUAAAAUUCACAGUAAAAGAAGGAAGAAAUCAUGUAAUUGCACAUAUCACACAGAAAAAAUUAGAGCUGCAGAACUAAGCUUCUCUUGCACUGAAGAAUUUAGCAGGCAUCAUACUUGUGCAAUGAAAUUGCACAAUACUGCAUGUGUACAGCUACUGUACACAAACUUCUACAAAGUCCAUGCUUCAUACAAUUUCUUUGUAAAAUUAUAUAUUCAGGUCCUACACUGCAAUAGUAUUACACAUUACACUCAAAACGGUGAUUUCUAUUAAAGAGAACACAUUGGAAAAGUAUGUCAGACAUAUAGAUAUAUCAGUGACGUCUGAUGUUACAAAGAGCUAACGAGAUGUAAAGUUACUCAAAUUGCUCCUUUGCUAUUUUCUCUAUUUUGUUUAGCCUGAACAUAGAAAUUGACAGCAUAAAUAAAACAUAUUACCAGGUUACAAAUAGGUACUUUAGAUCCUCUAGUGGGCAUAUGUGACACUACCACACAAAAAAAAAAGAGAUGUGACAUUCCAUUACAAUGCAUCAAAUAGGAAAAGGGAGAACAGAUGGCUCCAGAGACACACUGCUCAGUUGUGUAACAUCAGGAUUAGACUACAAAUAUAUAGAUUUGUAGAUAACAAAACUAUUAAUGUUGGACAGAAAAGAUUCUAUACCAUAACAGUCUACUGUGUAGUGUUCCAAAGUAGCUCCCAUAAGAGGAGUAAAAUACACACACAGAAUGAUCCCAUUUGAUAACAUUGGUGUACAAAAAUAAAGUAGGCUGUUAUGAAAAAUGUGACAUUUAUGUGAGAAAUACACCAAGCUCUUUGUAAAAUACUGUACAGCAUGUGGCAUUAUAUAUACCAAAAUUACUGUACUUGAAGUUACUCUUUCAAUUUCUUUUUUAAAAAACAAAACAAAAUGAAUAGAAUCCUGAAUCUGGUAUGACAUAGGUUACAAAGGUUACAAAGCUAUUUUUUCCUGUAGUUCUAUAAAAAAAUAUAAUUGUCCUAUCAACAAUCAUAAGAGUUGGGAAUUAUGCUAGCUCAAAUACAGAGCAUCUUCCUAAUGAAAUGUAAUAAUCAAAGGUAAUGUUUUGUAAAUUUGUAGACUGUUUUAAAGGGAUAUUAUCUUUUGCAAUAAACUGACUUUUUU